AUGGCUGGUACUGGUAGUGAUGGCACUACAGCUGUUUGUCCCAAGCAGUUGUUUGACUUUCUACGCCAAGAUUUGGAUGUGGACUUUUUCACGGGCGUCCCCGACUCUUGUAUCAAGCACUUUUGUACGGAAAUUGACAUUGGCUGUUCUUCUUCCGAUAACAAUAGUAGCAGUGGUGCCAUUCAUGCGAUUGCCGCCAAUGAAGGCGCGUCGAUUGCCUUGGCCAUUGGCAACUACUUGGCCACGAACAAGGUGCCGGUUGUGUACAUGCAAAACUCGGGGUUGGGCAAUGCCACCAAUCCCAUCUUGUCGGCCGCGCAUCCGCAUGUUUAUGGAAUUCCCAUGAUGUUGAUUCUGGGAUGGCGCGGCGCACCGGGACAUGCCGAUGAACCACAGCACGUUGUCACGGGCCAAAAGACCCAACAACUCUGCGAUGCCAUGGAUGUGCCAACCUUUAUUCUGACGACUGACGCAAAAGCAGCGCAAGCAACACUCCAAGAAGCACACGAGGCGGCUCGAGCGCGGCAAGGUCCCGUCGCUGUCUUGGUGCCACCCAAUACAUUUUCCAAACCAAUUUCUUCCAAUACAAAACAGGAAGAAGAAGACCGUCCAUCCACGUUGAUGAUUCGAGAACACGCAUUGGCACAAAUUCUCCAGGCAGUGGGACCGACCGAUGCCGUCGUGUCCACCACUGGCUUUACAUCGCGGGAACUCUACGAAUUGCGCGAAGCAUCUGGUAGUAGUCAUGCAUCGGAUUUUCGUUGUGUCGGAUCCAUGGGACAUGCCGCGGCCAUUGCCCAAGGCAUUGCCCUGUCGCAACCUCAUCGAACGGUAUGGUGUUUGGAUGGAGAUGGUGCAGCACUCAUGCAUUUGGGAUCCAUGGCCUUUUCGGCAUCGUUUGGACUCGAUAAUCUACGUCAUGUCCUCAUCAAUAAUGAAGUACACGAAUCGGUGGGAGGACAAAAUACCGUGGCGUCGCAAGGAUCACAACAAAAACAAUCACUCCAUUCGUUUCCAGCCGUGGCGUCGUCUCUGGGGUACCACAGCAUUGGAACUGCCACAUCCGAGACGGAGCUCCAUGACAAACUCGAGAAACUAAAGGGGCCAAGUGGACGGCCCUUGUUUUUAGAAGUCAAAGUGGCCGUUGGAGCUCGAACCGAUCUGGGUCGACCCAAAACUACUACCGAAGCAGCAAGAAAGGCCUUUAUGAAAUUUUGUCAAUUACCAACAACCGACAAGGAGAGCCGUGCCACCAUCAGCAGCAGUGGUGGAUUCACUCAAAGUGGAGAACCUCUACUUCUCACUCCAGGUCCAUUGACCACGUCUCCAACGGUCAAGGCUGCCAUGAUGCAUGAUUUGGGAUCUCGAGAUGAUGCUUUUAUUCGGCUAACGCAAAAAGUUCGACAACAGCUGGUGGAUGUGGUGGUGGGUGGGAAGAAGAGAAACCACGAGGGCGAUCUCACUGCCGUCCUGCUACAAGGAAGUGGCACCUUUGCAGUCGAGGCAAUGAUUGGACAAUUCGUCCCUGAUACUAUUGAUGGUGGGAAGCUCCUCAUCUUGUGCAACGGAGCGUACGGAAGACGCAUGGGCAGCAUCUGUGAGGCACUCGGUCGUGACUAUAUUUUUGCGGAAUCUCCCGAGAGUGAACCAAUGAAUCUGGAGCUUGUGCAAAAGGCGCUAGACAAACUUACGGAUGUCACUCAUGUAGCCGUGGUAUCGUGUGAGACUACCACGGGGGUAUGGAAUCCCGUGGAGGAGAUCGCCUAUUUGGUAAUGGCAAAAGGAAAGCGUCUAUUGAUUGAUGCCAUGUCGUCCUUUGCGGUCGUGGACAUUCCGGCGUCGGUGCCGUUUGACGCCAUGGCAGCUUCCAGCAACAAGGGCCUACAGGGAUCACCAGGAUUGGGAUUUGUAUUGGCUCGAAAGGUGGCUUUGGAAGAGAGUAAAGGAAACUCCCAGAGUUUGGCUCUGGAUUUGUAUAGCCAAUGGCAAGGCUUUGAGGCAAGUGGAGAGUGGCGGUUCACGCCUCCGACACAUUGCCUACUGGCGUUGGCGCAAGCAUUGGAGGAGUUUGAAGCCGAGGGAGGAGUGUCCGGAAGAAGGAAACGAUACGAGGCCAAUUGCAAAACUCUUAUUGAUGGGAUGAAAGAGUUGGGCUUUGAGAGCGUGGUCCCCGCGGCUUCACAAACACCAAUCAUUGUGACAUUUCGCAUGCCCACCCAUCCGAACUUUGACUUUCGAGCAUUUUACGACCGUCUAUCAUCUCAUGGUUACGUGAUCUAUCCAGGGAAGCUUACAGCUGAACCGACAUUUCGAGUGGGUUGUAUCGGGCACAUGUUUCCACAUGACAUGGAAGGAUUCCUCGCCACCUUACGGCAAGUGCUUGACACGAUGGAUGUGUCGCUGCGAUGA